UCACUGAUCAGGCAGGAUCACCCUUUCGUCUCGUCGUCCCUUCCUUCCCGCAGCGGCUGAGCCCAUAAAAACGGCAGGCAGCGCCACCACCGAAUCCCCCCUCCUCUUUCCGUUUCGCCUCGUUGCGCGCCCCGCCCCACCUCGCUCCUCAUCACGGCAACACCGGCAGGGACGGAAAAGGAAAGCCGAGGAGGGGGAGGAGAGAGAGAGAGAGAGAGAGAGAGAGAGGGAGGCAAGCAGCGCAGCGGGCAGCGGCUACGGCCAAACCCUACGCGGCCCCCCUUCUUCUCUCUCCCACCACCGCCUCCCUUGCCAUUUUUGCCCUCCCCGUCUCCUCCUCAGCCGCCGCCGGCCGAUCCGGGAGAGGGAGGACGAGCUGGGGUUCCGGCCGCGGUUCGAUUGGAGCGAGGCCGAUUCUCUCGCCGGCGGCAGUCCAGGAUGGUGCGGGGGAAGACGCAGAUGAAGCGGAUAGAGAACCCGACCAGCCGCCAGGUCACCUUCUCCAAGCGCCGCAACGGCCUGCUCAAGAAGGCCUUCGAGCUCUCCGUCCUCUGCGACGCCGAGGUCGCGCUCGUCGUCUUCUCCCCGCGCGGCAAGCUCUACGAAUUCGCCAACGGCAGGCUUGUAAGCGGUAGGCAAGAGGUCCUUGGUGAUUGUGCUCUAGGUUUUUACGUUGUCAGAUCGAGUGUGCAGAAAACAAUUGAACGUUAUAGAACAUACACAAAGGAUAAUGUCAGCAGCAAGACAGUACAGCAAGAUAUUGAGCAAGUAAAAGCUGAUGCUGAGGGCCUGGCAAAGAAACUCGAAGCACUUGAAGCUUACAAAAGAAAGCUUUUGGGUGAGAAGUUGGAAGAAUGCUCAAUUGAAGAACUGCACAGUUUGGAAGUCAAACUUGAAAAGAGCCUUCACUGCAUCAGGGGAAGAAAGACUCAGCUGUUGGAAGAGCAGGUCAAUAAGCUGAAGGAGAAGGAGCUGACACUGCGCAAGAACAAUGAAGAUUUACGUGAAAAGUGCAAGAAUCAGCCGCCCCUGCAGCCUACUCCUCCUGCGGGGGCAGUCAUCACCGUGGAAGACGAUCACCCGGAGCAGAACGACGACGCCAUGGACGUGGAGACGGAGCUGUACAUAGGAUUGCCUGGCAUGGAUCACCGCCGAAACAAGGCUGCGGCAGUCAGGUCAGCGUAGCCAUGCGAAAGCAACCAAUGCAAGCCUGCCGAGAAUAAUCUAGAUCUCUGGUGUGGAGAUGCAAGCCAAGCAAUGAUAAAAACCUUCAGUCGCGUUGUGUUUACAAACCUGUGUUGUGUCGUCCAUGGAUGCAGACGCAAGGCACAUGCGCCAAACAUCCGUCAGUAAUACUACCCUGUAGCUGGGUUUCGAAACCUUGGUUCCUGCUCCCGUUUCAUGCGAUCGCCGAUGAUCAGGGACUUGGGGCUUGCCCUAGUCCAUGACCAUGGGUGAGCUUCCGAAGAA